ACCCUCACUUUCUCCCUUGCGACACUUUUUUUUUCUAACUUCCUCAGGAUAGGUACCUACCUAGAUACUAAAUAUAAAAAAAUCCCCACAGACUAGCCCACGAAGUUACCUUUUUUCUCUCACUCAAUGAAUUCACCCCCUCGGCCUCGAUCACAGUCUUCACUACUACCUAACAGAGAAAGAAAAGAGGAGGAGGAGGAGGGGGAGGGGGAGGGGGGGCUGAGUCGAGAAAGAUGCAGAAGUAGAGAACGACACAAGCUCCCUUCCAGAGCACCGAGACCCACGCACUUCUCUCCUUCCACGGCCACGGCGGGGGAACAAGAUGAAUUCAAGCAAGAAGAGACGGCAACGACACACCCCACCACCACCACCACAGCAGCAGCAGCAGCCUGUCCCUGCGCCUGCCACGAAGAAUCCGCAGCCCGCGAGGGGCGGCCGCGCAUCGCGUUCACGGAGACGCGGUACCUCGUGUGUCCGGUGUGCUGGGUCGACGCGUACGUCUACGCGCACAGCAGCAGUGAUGGUGAUGGUGAUGGUGAUAGUGAUAGUGGUACCAACAGCGACGACGACGACGACGACGACGACGACGAGAAGCAUAAAAGAAGAAGAGAGAGGAGGAGGAGGAGAAGGAGGAGACACGUGAGGGGUCAGGAGUGCGAGAUGUAUCUCCGGGACCGGGGGCUGGAUCCGAGGGUCCCGGCUUCGCGGCAGUGUUAGUGGGUAUGGCCUAGGCAUGCUUGUAUAAUUUUAUGAGGAUAGGAAGGGAAAAGGAAAGGGAAAAGGGG